CAAAGCAAACAGAACCCAAUUCUCAAGAGUCAAGACCCAUUCCUCCUCCAACUCGAAUAACCCAACUCGAUUUUGCUACUUGUUUCGCGCCGCCUUUUUUGGGUUUAUCUAAAUUCUGUUUCUUGCACAUUUGUUAGGAGUCUUUGUUGAUUUCUAGCUGAUCCGAUACAAUUUGUGACAAUCUAGAGAAAAUUUUCAACAGGAUGAUGGAUCCUGAGCUGUUUAGAAUUUCCCAAGAACAGAUUAGUCGCAUGUCACCUGCUGAGUUAGCAAGGAUCCAGGAACAGAUGAUGUCUAAUCCCGAGUUGAUGAGAAUGGCCUCAGAAAGCAUGAAAAAUAUGAGGCCUGAAGAUUUGAGACAUGCUGCUCAACAGUUGAAGCAUACACGUCCUGAGGAAAUGGCUGAAAUUGGUGAGAAAAUGGCCAAUGCAUCACCUGAAGAGAUAGCUGCUAUGCGUGCCCGUGCUGAUGCUCAGAUGUCUUAUGGAUUAAAUGCAGCUGAGAUGUUGAAGAAACAGGGAAAUGUGCUUCACAGCCAAGGGAGGUUCAAUGAGGCAUUGCAAAAAUAUUUGCUAGCGAAGCAAAACCUAGAAGGAAAUCUAUCCUCCCAAGGCAGAACACUUUCGCUGGCAUGCUCUCUUAACUCGAUGUCUUGUUACUUGAAAACAAGGCAAUAUGACAAAUGCAUAAAAGAAGGGUCAGAGGUUCUAGCAUCCGAUGGCAAGAAUGUGAAAGCUCUGUAUCGACGAGGUCAAGCAUAUAAAGAAAUAGGUCAAUUGGAAGCUGCCGUACAAGAUCUAACCAAUGCACAUGAAGUUUCUCCUGAUGAUGAAACAAUUGCAGAGGUCUUGAGAAAUGCUAAGGAAAAGUUGGCUAGAGAAGGCAGUUCCCAGGCACCUGGAAAAUUGGUUGUUGAAGAAAUUACUGAAGAAGAGACUGUGUCUUCUGGAAACCACGUUAGUUCUUCUGGACAAUAUUCUGCAAAACAACCACAGGAAAGUACUAGUUUCUCAAAGGACAAGAGUAGGUCAAAUGGAGGGGGCUUAAAGACCAAUUUGGAAGGUUUGGAAGCUAUAAGAGAUGAUCCAGAAGCUAUUAGAUCAUUCCAAAAUUUCAUUUCUAAUGCUGAUCCCAACACCCUCACUGCCAUCAGUGGUGGGAAAGCUGGAGAAGUAUCACCUGACAUGUUCAAAGCUGCCUCAAAUAUGAUCAACAAGAUGUCACCUGAUGACCUCCAAAAAAUGCUUAAAUUGGCUUCAUCAUUUGAAGGGGAAACCCCAUACAAAGGUUCCUUAGAAAGUGGCUUUGGGCCUGGAUCAGUUCCUCCAAAUGUGACACCUGACAUGCUUAAAACUGCAACUGAUAUGAUGAGUAAGAUGCCACCAGAAGAGCUUCAUAAAAUGUUUGAAAUGGAAUCUUCUUUGAAAGGGUCAGACUCCACUCCAGCCGCAGCGGCUGCUGCAAACACUCGCAGGGUAAAUUCAGAUGCAAAUUCCAGAGUGUCAGAAUCUUUGAAGGAUUCUGCCAGUAACAGGAAUAAUAAAGUCGGUGAAACCAGUUCUUCUGGUGUUCUUCCAAAUUCGAGGAAUGCGUCUGAGUCAAAUUUCCCAGUAUCAACAGCUGAUUUACAAGAACAAAUGAGAAACCAAAUGAAAGACCCAGCAAUGCGGCAGAUGUUCACAUCCAUGAUGAAAAAUAUGAGCCCAGACAUGAUGGCAAACAUGAGUGAACAACUUGGACUGAAGCUUUCUCCAGAAGAAGCUGCAAGAGCUCAGCAAGCUAUGUCAUCUUUAUCGCCAGAAGGCUUGGAUAGAAUGAUGCGUUGGGCUGAUAGGAUCCAAACUGGAGUGAGUCAUGCACAGAAGAUAAAGAACUGGCUGCUUGGCAAACCUGGUAUGAUUCUGGCAAUUAUCAUGCUCAUCUUAGCUAUUAUCUUCCACUGGUUGGGCUACAUCGAUCGUUAAAAACUCAGAAUUGGCAAUCAUCCACAUCUAUCAUGAAUCAGUCAUUCAAGUUUCAACCUCUAAUUUAGCUCGAGCCAGGAUACAACUGCCUUGCCAUCUUUUUAAAGAAGAUUGAAACUCAGAGAGAAACACAUUUCUGGACUGUAGCAAAAGUAAGGUAAUAUGUGUCAUCACUAAAUGCCUCAGCUCUUACCUGGGAGAGUAAGAAUGCCAAAAAGGGACCUCAAAACGGAGGUCCAAAUCAAAUUUCGUAUGAUCUGUCAUUGUUCAUUAAUGAUUUAUGUCAAUUUCAUAAACAUAAGGUUGUAUUAGGUUUAGGGUAGAAUUGCAUAUUUCUCUAUUAAUUAAUUCAUAUUUGUUGAUUAUGACAUGAAACUAAUACUAUUGUGACAUACAUUUAAAGUUUUUAAUGCCAUUUGCUAGUUGGUGCACUUCACAAAAAACAACCAGCCUACACUAGUUGAGAAAGUCAAUCGGUUAUGAACCUUUAUAAAAUGUGCAGUUGCCA